AUGGCCCUUCCACUAAAAGGAAGCCCAAUCCAUUUCGGUCCAUUCCUCGUCACCUCCCAGGUUGUCUUCCAUCUCACCCCCCUAAGCUUCGCCCUCGUGAACCUGAAACCCAUUCUCCCAGGCCACGUCCUGGUCUCGCCGCGCCGCAUCGUCGCCCGCCUCGCCGACCUGACCCCCUCGGAAACCGCAGACCUCUUCCUCACGGUGCGGCGGGUCGGCCGCAUGAUCGAGCGCGUCUACGGCGCCACGAGCCUCAACGUGGCGGUCCAGGAUGGCGUGGAUGCCGGCCAGAGCGUGCCGCAUGUGCAUGCGCAUAUCAUUCCGCGGCGGAGAGCGGAUCUGCCGCGUACGGAUGCGGUGUACGAUGCGCUGGAUGGGCGCGAGGGGGACGUGAUGCGGAAUUUCCGGGGCGCGUUGAGGGUUGAUGAGUUGGGGAGGAAGGCGAGGGAGAUGCGGGAGAUGGAGGAGGAGGCUUGUCGGUUGGCGGGGGAGAUGGAGGGGGAGCCUUUGGAUUAGGCUUUUUUUUGCUUUAGAUGGUAAUGUAGAUGGAUGGAUACUUGGAUAUAUAGAUGGGUAGAUUAACUGCUCGUCUUAACUAUCUAUCUAUGAAUGAUGAU